UUAAAGAAUAAAAAAAAGCUAUAAUUAUGUUACGAGGGGAAAUAUAUUCACAAAUUUACCCUCGUUUACGUUCGUAUAUACACCCCGAUUUUGAGUGGUAAUCUAUAAAAAAAAUAGUCGACCCAAAUAAGCUCCAGCCCUUCCAUCCGAACAAAAAUAGAAAUGGAGCACAACUUCAAUGGCGGAGAAGAAGACUCACCAAAAUCAGUCGCACCAGAAGAAGAGCUUCCUCAGCUUCAAUGGAGGAAAGAGACUGUACCAAGGGUUUUCAUAAUCGUCAGCUCCAAGCUUCCUCAGCGCGACCUCAUCUCUCUCUUACUCGUUAGCCCUUGGCUUUAUCGCACUCUCGCCUCUAAUCCUUCUCUCUGGCAGGUUCUUGAUUUUCAUGAGUUGAACAAUGCCGGAAAUCGGCUAGUAGCUGCUCUUUCUCUGCCUAGGUAUAAGCAUGUGAAGCAAAUUAACCUUGAAUUUGCACAAGAUCUUGAAGACAAGCAUCUUGAACUCCUCAAAAAUAAGUGCUCCAGCUCUCUUCAGAAUUUAGAGAUACUGAACUUAAAUGGAUGCCAGAAGAUAUCUGAUCAAGGAGUUGAAGCCAUUACUAGCGCAUGUUCAAACAUGAGAGUCUUUUCAAUAUAUUGGAAUGUUAGGGUAACGGAUGUUGGCACGCAGCAUCUAGUUCAGAAUUGCAAACACGUUAUCGAUUUGAAUUUCAGUGGUUGUAAGAAUAUCUCUGACAAAAGUAUGCAACUUGUUGCUGACGCUUAUCAAAAACUCGAGUCAUUGAACAUUACAAGGUGCAUCAAGCUCAGUGAUAGUGGCUUGCAGUACAUACUGCGCAGUUGUUCCUCUCUUAAGAGCCUCAAUUUGUAUGCCUUGUCUAGCUUUACUGAUGAAGUUUACAUGAGUAUGUCACUUCUUACUCAACUCAGGUUCUUAGAUCUUUGUGGAGCUCAGAAUCUGUCUGAUCAAGGAUUAAUGUGCAUUGCCAAAUGCAAUUAUUUGGUCUACCUUAAUUUAUCUUGGUGUGUGCGUGCCACUGAUGCUGGAGUCAUUGCCCUAGCGGAAGGAUGCUCCUACCUUGAGCUGCUUAGCUUGUUUGGAAUUCUUGGGGUGACUGAUCAGAGCCUCGAAGCACUCUCAAGGUCAUGUUCGAGUACACUCAAAACUCUUGAUGUGAACGGGUGCAUUAACAUUAAGAGAAGAACCCGUGAAGAACUGCUUCAGCUGUUCCCACUUUUAGAGUGUUUUAAAGUGCACAGCUAGUGCAAUGCUUGUUGGACCACAUCCUGAUAUCAAUCUGUGUCUGGACAGUUUCUGCUUACAGCUUAUGAAAACGUGCUAACGAAUACAUUAGAGCACAUUCCAACUGUUGGAUGAAUCACCCGUAGUGUUUAUUGUGAUGCAGCAGCUUUUUCCCAGAAUACAAUUGUGGGAAAAGAAAUUUUACAUUCCAAUAGUGGUAGAAACUCAUGAGUCAUUGCCAUGAUAUGUUCAGUGAGUGAUUUUAUAUCUUCAUAAUAUGCAGUUUCACUAGGAAGUUGAUGUGCACUUAUUAUGGGGUGCUAAAUUCCUUUCCAAGUUUCCAGAUAUACACAAAUUGCAAAAUCGAAACAAAUCCAGAAUCAAUUGGAGUCUCCAAUGAAGAUGGAAGAGAAGCGUUCAGGUUCAACUUUUGGUUUUUCUCCCAUAACAUUGUUUCUAAUUAGAUGUAAUUUUUUAUUUUUUGUGUUUUUUUUGGAGAAACUUCGUAUUCAAUGUAUUGUGUGUUGAUAGGCAACUAUUUCUUAAGUGACACAGUAGGGCCUUUAUUAUUGAAUGAAAAUGUAUGUUGAAUGAGUGAGAUGUUUGAAUCGUUUGAUACAUCUUAUCUAUUUGGAAAUUUUGUCUAGAAAAACCUUUUGAAGUGAACUUUUUGUUCGGUGAAACCUUUUAAAUUUUUUUUGGCUAGGAGAAACCUGUUUAUAAAUUAUUUUUGUUGAGGACAACCAAGUGGCACUUUUCGAUGUUGACUCUCCUUUUUCCGGCAUUGACUCGCUUUUUUCCCACAUGUGCGUGUCACGUGCCUCCUAUUUUUCUAAUCACACCCCCUCUUUUCCUAAUUCCACUCAAAAUUCCCUCCAAUUAAACACACUCUCCCUCUCCUCUGUGAACAAGCAUCGAGGCAAUUAAUCACUUCUCUGCCAUGGCUGCUACAUCAUUAAGUCCAUGAAGUCCUCUUUGCCACAGGGUGGCCACACCCACACCUCAAAUCACCACCUAGAACCAUAAUUGCUGCAUAAUUGAGAAAAUUUUUAAAAGGGGGAAAACCCCUAAUUUUUUUUUCAACUAUCGAAAACAUGAGAGAUUGAUAAAUUAAGCACUUUCCUCUAGUCGAAACUUGUUGGGAAAGCCUUCAAUUGCUUCGAAUCAACUGAACUCCAACAAUGGCUGGUUCACAGAGAGGAGAGAGAGUGUGUUUAAUUGGAGGGAAAAUAGAUUGGAAUUAGGAAAAGGGGGUGUGAUUAGAAAAAUAAGAGGCACGUGACACGCACAUGAGGGAAAAAGGCGAGUCAACGCCGGAAAAAGGAGAGUCAACGUCGGAAAGUGUCACUUGGCUGUCCUCAACAAAAUAAUUUUAUAAACAGGUUUCUCCUAUCUAAAAAUUUUUUUAACAGGUUUUUCCGAACAAAAAAUUCACUUUAAAAGGUUUUUCCAGACAAAAUUUCCUAUCUAUUUUAGUACAUGUGUA